AUGUAUGCAGAACAUACAAACAGUGUCUGUCAGAUGGAUUUCCAAUGGCGGUGGAUGCUAUUUUUAGUUACAAGUAUACCUCGUCAUUUACAGCCUGUCAGAUCCGUUGGGUCUUAUGUACUGUCCUUUGAACCUGAUGUACCGUCCAUUGGAUUUGAUGUACCGUCCGUUGGAUUUGAUGUAGCAUCCGUUGAAAUUGACUUGCCAUCCGUUGAAAAUGAUGUACUAUCCGUUGAACCUGAUGUACCGUCCAUUGAAUUUGAUGUAGCAUCCGUCGUGAUUGACUCAUCAUCCGUUGAAAAUGAUGUACCGUCCAUUGGAUUUGAUGUACCGUCCGUUGAAUUUGAUGUAGCAUCCGUCGUAAUUGACUCAUCAUCCGUUGAAAAUGAUGUACCGUCCAUUGGAUUUGAUGUACCCACUCACCACCACAACCUCUCCGCUAAUGACGAUCACGAUGACGAUGACGAUGAAUAUGACGAUGAAGAUUACGAUGAAGAUUACGAUGAAGAUGACGAUGAAGAGGAUGAUGACGACGAUGAUCAGAAGAAGAAUGACAAUAAUGAGGAAGAUGGUGGUCGUAGUGGCUGUGUAAAGAUACUUAAUGUUUGUUAAUGAGAUGUAGUCAUGCUGUCGCCUAUCAAAGGAUGGGCAAAAUGAGUGCG